GCUGGGGCCCCGGACCUGGUGCUGUGCGCACAGCAGCGUGUGGGUGGCUGGCCUUGUGGCCCCAGCGUGACCUUGGACCCGGCCCUCCCACCUCUGGCUCUCGGCUGCCCCUGGGAGGCCCGCGGAGCAGCCCCGUGCCUGCAGCCGGAGGCCCCGCCCCCAGUCUCCGGGGCAGCCAGGUAAACAAGUCUGAGGGGCUGCUGACAUGGCCUCCCCCUAUUCCGGGGACCCCAGCAAAGCCGGUCUGCCGCCGCCUCCGGUACCUGCUCCAGGUGCCGUCCUGCCCCCGGAGUUCCCGUUCCCGGACAUCUACGGCGGGGACGCGCAGCUCUGGGAGGCGCACUUCCGCGGCAUCGGGCGCGCCUACCGCGCGCUGGGCAAGGAGGACGACUUCGCCAUCCGCGUGCUCACCGAGGACUUCACGCUGCCCUUCCCGUACGCCUGGCCGCCCGGGCCCGACCCCGCCCACGGGCCGCUCUUCUACGACCCGCGGGACCGCGCGGGCUUCGACUUCCUGCUGCGGGGCCCGGGCGCCGCGCCCCCCGCCCUGCUGAGGCCCCUGCACCACGCGGCCCAGGCGGCCCUGCGCAAGCAGCACCUGGAGCGCCUGGCCUUCAGCUACGCGCAGGCGGGCGCCGGCCCGCGGCCCGGCCUGGUGCUCCUGGCGCCCGGGCCUGCCGCCGGCCCUGCCUUCCAGGGGCCGCCCGGGCCUGAGCCCGCCCCCUCCGGUGGGGGUGCCCCCAGGCUGGGCUAG